AUGGGUCCUCAACUACACUUCAGCAGUACCUACGCAGAAGAAUUCAGUUACCCGGCUCGGGGAAAACCCACCCAGCCCAGACUGUCUUCUGCGUAUCGUAGGAACAACCCUCAUCCGCGGCCGGACUUCCUGAUGCCAAGACAGCUUCAGACUGGAUAUGGAUCCCGGAGGCACUAUCAGACCACGACUCCUACUUCAUUUUUACCUCCAGUCAGACACAUAUCAGUCCAGUUUCCAGAUGUGCAGACAGGAGAGUCAAUGCAGAGUUCUCAGAAAGACUCCAAAGCACGUGCCUCCACUGCAGUGUGCACACUGCCACCUGCUGGCUGGCAUCUGAAACCACAGCGAACCGACAUCCCACAUUCAUCCAUUAUAAACACUCAAGGGAAAUACUUAGGCAAAGAUCAUAUAAGAUCUCAGUAUGACCAAAAGAUGGAUGUCAUGCCAGCUUUAAAAAAUAUAAAACAUCAAGUUACUCAUCAUCACAGAAGAUCACGCUCAAAUUCCACACCUGACUGCAGUAAAGGACACAGCUGCUUCCAAGUGGUGAAACCCUAUAAAGUUGGACACUAUAUAAUCCACCCGGAGUUCUUGUCAGAAGGAAUGUGCUACUGA